AUGGACACUCAAUCUGACGUUGUAUUCCGCAUUCCUGAUACCCUCGCUUACUGGCCAUGGCCACGAAAUAACAAUCCUCAUUACGAGGAAGUAAAGGCUGUGUCGAAUACUUGGUUUCGGUCGUUAAAAGCAUUUCGGCCAGAAGCUCAGCGAGCAUAUGAGCGCUGUGAUUCUAGUUUGUUGGCUUCACUAGCAUACUCGACAGCAACAAAGGAACAUCUUCGCACCGGAUGUGAUCUGUUCCACGUAGUGUUCGCUUUCGACGAGUAUACUGACAGUGCACCACCCGAAAUUGUCCGACAAUACGCAGAUAUCGUUAUGGACGCUAUUAAAAACCCUUCCAAACCGCGACCUACUGACGAGGUCGUUCUUGGGGUCAUUGCACAAGAGUUCUGGGCUCUUAGUGUAAAGUCGGCCAGCAAUACAUCUCAGAAGCACUUCAUUGAAGGUUUUGGGAAUUAUGUGGCUGCUGUGGUCCAAGAAGCAAAGGAUCGGCACCAUCAUCAUAUUCGGAAUGUCGAAGAUUACUUUGAUAUUCGUCGUCAGACUGUCGGUGCCUACCCGUCGUACGCACUGUUAGAACUUGGCUACGACUUGCCUGACGAGGUGUUCAACCACCCAAUUGUCGUCGCUCUGCGACGUCUGGGCGUCGAUAUGAUAAUUUUGGAUAAUGACCUCGCUUCAUAUAAUAAGGAACAAGCCUUGGAAGAGUACCCUCAUAACAUUCUGACGUCUGUCAUGAACGACCGGAACUGCGACCUUCAUGAUGCACUCUCCUGGGUGGAAGAUCGUUAUCGGUUGACCAGGAAUACAUUUCUGAGGCUGUGGACGGAGAUACCAUCGUGGGGACCUGAGACCGAUGCCACUGCAUCUCUCUACUUGCAUGGCCUCGCAAGCUGUGUCCGGGGUAACGAAUGUUGGAAUUUCGAAAGUGGGCGGUACUUUGGAUCCAGCGGCAGAGCGGUUCAACAGCAUAGGAUGGUUACUCUUAUGCCCAAGCAGCUUUCAGCAAGCGAGCCACUUCUCGUACACGCAUAUUAA